AUGGCAGAGUCAACACCCAUCCCCGUUGUCUCAUUCGAGAAAUUCCUGACGGGGGACCGUGCCGACCAGAAGGAAGUCGCCCGACGGGUCUACAAUGCGUUUUCCGAAGUUGGGUUUAUAUAUUUGAAGGACCAUGGCAUCCCCCAGACGAAGGUUGAUGAGAUCUUUGCUUUGGCCGAGAAAUUCUUCACCCUUCCUUUAACCACGAAGCUCGCUUACAAACUCAACUCGGCACACGUCAACCAGGGGUACACUGCUGAUGGAGCCGAGGGCAUCAACGACCACAAGGAAUGCUACGAGCACCGCCGCUUCAAGAACGAGCUGUGCCCUUCAGACAGCGAGUUGCCGGGCUUCAAAGCCACGCUCGACGACUUUUACAAGCAAUGUCUCUCGCUCGCGAUGAACGUGCUCAAAUGCCUGGCCAUGGUGAUGGGCCUCGAAGACGACUUCUUCCAAGGAAUCACGAAACGAGCCGAUCCGCAGCUGCGCCUGAUUCACUACCCGCCCAUUGAGCGCAGCGUGAUCGAGCAGCAGGGCCACGCGAGGAUCAACGCCCACACAGACUUUGGGUUGUGCACGCUGCUCUUCCAGGACGGCGUCGGCGGGUUGGAGGUAGACCCGUCGCACGAGAACCAGUUCGUGCCGGCGCCGCCGAUCCAGGGCGCCGUGUUGAUCAAUAUUGCCGACUUACUGCAGCGGUACACAAACGGAAGGGUCAAGUCGACGCGGCACAGGGUGGUGAGUCCCUCGGUGAACCGAUUCAAGAACUGUGAAGUCUUGCCAUCCCGAUACAGCAUCCCGUUCUUUGUCCACCCGGACCCAGAGACGAUCAUCGACCCCAUCUUGUUGACCGAGGGUGAGGUCAAGCUGUACGAGCCCGUCAAUGCGGGGCAGUGGAGGGACUGGAAGACGGCGACGAAUUACAGACUCAAAGGCGAGAAUGGCGAGGAGGUAAGUUUGAGGAGCGUGGCCGUCGAGACUUGA